AUGCCUUUGUCUCUGCCCGGCUCUCUUGUCUCGGGAAUCUCUGGGUCGGUCGAUGCAUUACUCCUCCCAACCUUGCUAAGAAUCUAUAUAUCGCCCUCGCCCUGUGUUCCGGCUCCACACGCGCCGCAGAUAUACCCCCAAUACCACACAAGAACAGCCCACGACUACAAGGACGCGGUAUGCGAGACGAGUGCUCCAGUGAAUACGGCUAUUACUACGAGAACGGUGCGCCCGGCGUGCAAAAUCGCCAUCGGCUCCGCCGGCCUGUGUAUAUGUAUCCCCUUCGACGGCGGCGGUAUAUAUACUCUCCAGACGGCAGUUACAGCGGCUGGGAACCAGAAGGCCCGGAUCGACUUGCCUCCCGUGGGUCUCGUACUCGGCUCUUCCCUUCUCCGUCCAGCACAAGACCCAGAGCCAAAAUCGUGGAAAUGGGUCGGCCCCGGCGCGCAUGAAGAGGGAGAAGUGGACGCGCCGUGGGUGGGAGGAUCGACCGAGACCGUCUCGAGCCCGGGACGCCCGUCAAUCCUACUCUGGGUUCCGGUACGAGCGUGGGCCCAGAUGGGACGGUCCGACGAUAUAUCCACCUCGACCGCCGCCUCCACCGUCCCGUCCGCGCGCGCCUCCCCAGCAUGCAAGCUCUCGCUUGCGGGAUUCAGAUUUGUCGCGGACAAGAGACGCUCCAUCUGA